AUCAUUGUGUGGAAAUUUUUCCAAUCAAUAUUUGAUUAAUAGAAAUAUGGUAUGAAUGUGAUCUAUUGACAUUUGUGAAUAAUCUUUUCAACAAAUCAUCGCAAGAUUAAUUAAUGUUUAUGUUCGGCCAAAAUAAGAAACGAACAAAAAAAAAAAAAUUUCCGCAUUCCCAAAGUAUAUUUUAUUUGGAAAUCAUGCGCUUCAAGAAAUGAUGAUAAUGUUGAAUUCAUAUCACGCCUAUACUAUGCUACUCAUGACCAAAUAACCUGCAAUGUUUGCUUUUUUUUUCUCUCUCUCUACUAAGAUAUGAACAAAUUUGCUUGUUUGAAUGCGAAUGAUGAUGAAUAAAUAGUAUCCGAGAUUGAUAAACACUAAUCACUACAAUCCAUAGAUAAUUAUCAAUGUCAAAUAAAUUCAAAAUAACGAUAUUCGAUUGUGAAAACAAUAUCAAAACAGUUAUGGAUCAUUCUACUAAUGAUGGUUGUGUGGAUGAUCACGAUGAAUGUAAUGUUGAAAUUGUAUAUGAUAAUUUUCAAAUGAAAAAAAGCCAAGAUGGACGAUUACAUUUAUCGAAUAAACAUCUAACCAAUCUACAAUCGGAUACAUUAUAUCAUUUGGCAUUGAAUACAAGUACACAUAAUUUUGAACAAAUGUUUGGUGAUAUUAAAUUUGUCUGUAUGGGUGGUACAAAAAAACGAAUGUAUGAAUUUGCACAAUUGGCUACCAAAGAAUUGAAUAUAAUGGAAUCAAAACUUGUUGAUAUUACUGAAUCAUCACAUCGAUUUUCUAUGUUUAAAAUUGGACCAAUUCUUUCUAUAUCGCAUGGAAUGGGUAUUUCAUCAAUAUCGAUAUUGUUACAUGAAAUCUUAAAACUAUUACAUUAUGCCAAAUGUACUAAUGUUACAUUGUUUCGAAUUGGAACAUCAGGUGGAAUCGGUGUCGAACCGGGUACAGUGGUUAUCACCAAUAAAGUUGUCGAUGAAUUAUUACGACCAUUUCAUGAGCUUCAUAUUUUAGGUAAAAUUGUUCGUAGACCAGCAACUUUUGAUCAAAAAUUGAUUGAAGAAUUAGGACAAAUAGCUCGAUUGCAAAAUAAUCCUGGAUAUAAAACGAUCAUUGGCACAACAAUGUGUGCAAUGGAUUUCUAUGAAUCUCAAUCACGAAUUGAUGGAGCAAUUUGUAAUCAUAAUCUUGAUGAUAAAAUGGAUAGAUUAACAAAAUUAAAAAAAGCAGGAAUCAUCAACAUCGAAAUGGAAGCAUUGGCAUUUGGAUCAAUGUGUCGUUAUGUUAAUGUUGAUGCUGCUAUCAUUUGUGUUACAAUGGUUAAUCGGCUUGAUGGUGAUCAAAUUCAAUUAACAAAACAAGAAUAUCAUGAACUACAGAAACGGCCACAAAAAUUGGCAAUUGAUUUUAUCAAAAAACGUUUAGCAAUUAUCGAUAAUAAUAACAAUUAUCAUCAUCAUCAUCACCAUGACUGA